GACGAAUCAUCCUACUCUACUCCGUAAAAAUUUCCUUUAGCUCGUCCUUUCAACGUUUUAAUUAAAAUUGCAUUCCGUGCCACUUUUAUACAAAUAUUAAAAAUGGUAAAAGCGGUAGCAGUUCUUAAAAGCGAAACUGUAAAUGGAACCGUUUACUUUAGCCAAGAAGGUGACGGUCCUGUACGCGUUCAAGGCGAACUCAAAGGUCUAAAACAGGGACUACAUGGCUUCCAUGUUCAUGAGUUUGGAGACAACACAAAUGGAUGCAUUUCUGCUGGGGCUCACUUUAACCCAUUGAACAAGGAUCAUGGAGGUCCUGAUGAUGCAGAACGCCAUGUAGGAGACUUGGGAAAUGUGGAAGCCAAUGCUGAUGGUGUAGCCAAGAUCAACAUUUCUGAUAAACUCAUUUCUUUGAGCGGUGACAACUCCAUUCUUGGCCGUACUAUUGUAGUACACGCUGAUCCCGAUGAUCUUGGAAAGGGAGGUCAUGAUUUGAGCAAAAUGACUGGCAAUGCUGGUGGAAGAUUGGCAUGUGCUGUUAUUGGUUUGGCUCAGCCUAAUUAAAUUAUUUUAAAACAUUAUUAAAAGGGAUUUAUUUGUAGAAUAGCUAUAGGUAAAUAUGACCCUUACUACCAAUUCUUUUCACCAGUUGUCAGUUUAAAGUCCAUGAUUUCAAUUUUGAAUUGUAAUUAGGUUUAGGGAGCAUUAACAUUUACUGUUGUUAAUUUCAUUCCAGUGGUGUUUGAUAAUUUAGUCCCAAUAUUUUGUUACAUGAAUAAAUGUAAUUAAAUUGAAAAGA